CGAAAAGUGUGAGGGGGAAACAAUCGAUUCCGAUUUCAUUUGCAUUUGAUUCCCACUGGAUUCAACUUUCGGCAAUCGCAGUCCCCCACUAUUCUGAUACUGAAUCUGUGAUUUGGGCUUUUGAUCCCCUGCCCUGCGAAAAUUUACCGCGUUUCGUCGGGCUUCACGUACGUACUAGAGCGAUUCUUUGCUAUGAGAUCUGUGGGUCGGUCAGAAACAAUGUGUCGAUAUCUUUCAUCUCAUUCCGUCAGAUUUGUGGUGUCGGGAUGCUAACCUGAUUACGAGCUCUGGUCGACAAUUUCGAACGGGCUGCGAUGCUGUAUCUCUCCCGCCAGUCAUCUCUUAUCCGACUCUCAGAAUGGAGGCCACCGGCUCGGGGAAAGGAUGUGCUUUGGCGGAUCCCAUGUCCCUCAGUGCGGUCCGACUUCUGGCCUUCGACCUUCUGUCAGUGCAACAUCACCCCGGUCCCCAAGGAGGGAGCUGUACUCGGAAGGGUCGCCCAGUGAAGAAGGUGGAGAUUGUUGGAGUGGUGGUGACUGUCGACCGACGGGAUUCUUACGUUUCCUUCAAAUUAGACGAUGGCACGGGAUGUGUUCCUUGCAUCUUAUGGACGAAUCAUUACAAAUCAUCUUAUUUCGCCCAUUGGAAACAGUCAGACCUGGAGUUGCAGGCCGGCAUUGCAGAUACUCAAGCCAAGACUGUGAAAAUCGGAUCUCUUUUGAGAGUAAUGGGGCGACUCUCUGGAUUUCGCAGUCAGAUCCAGAUCACUGUCCUCUCAACAAUUGAGGAGAAGGAUCCGAACGCCGAAGUUUUCCACUGGUUUCAGUGUAUGAAGCUGGCGUUGAGCUGUUAUGAUUUGCCGUUUCCUUCGCGUCCAACCGGAUAAAUCAAGAAUCAUCAUCGCCUUGGCAUCUGAUCCAGCACUCUGGAAAUCACCACAAACUGCAUCCAUGCGACAUCUUUCCUGAGAACCGCCGUAUGCUUGUCAACGCUUCGGCAAUUCUUUCUUUGAGAAGAAUCGUCUGAUGCAUGAUGCAUUGUUUCAAGCAGUGACUAAAUCGAGAGUCCCCGGGAAGAACGAGGGUUUAUGUUCUGGACCACUGAGAGCCAGAGCAAAUCAGUAAGCUUGUGCAUCAGGAGGUAACAGACCGGUUUGAAGUACUCAGUUUCCCUUCCCUUCCCUUCGCUGGUGAUGGGGCUAAUUUGUGUUGGAGGUGGAGGACCUUGAAACUAAGUUGAUCCUGUUACUAAAUCACCAUCGUCAAUCACUAGGUAGCUAUCAUCAGACAACGUUGGUUGUAUUACCAGUUCAGACCAACAGUGAAUUCUGGGAUAUACACGGAUGUGGAUCAGGUAAAGCCACUACUCUUUACUUGUCCGAUUGCUGCUAAUCUUCCCUCUAGUUGGCUGAUUUCGUUCAAAGGUUCCAGACCUUUGCGAAAAGCUCCUUGCAUUAUCAACGAGUACGAAAGUGCCAAGUCAAAGUUGAGGUCAAACACACAAGUCAUACCAGUUCUCCCUUGUAUCAGCGGACCACUAUGGACAUUCUGAACAGUCCCUCGUUCUAGGCUACAUUGUCAUUAAUGUGACCACCACUUGAAGUGGAAUCAGCAGCAUUCACCCUUCACCAUCUACCUCAAACUUACCAUUUCGAGCAUACCCAGAGUUGAGAGAAUAGUUGAAGAGGUUCAGAGAUACAUGUGUUACAGAUUGUCGUCACAGACCAUGUAAAGACUGGUGAAGGUGAAAUGUAGACAGAGAAUACAUGAAAAUGUGAUAUCAACACUCAUUCUGAAGCGUAUACUCGUAGUGAUAGCUCUGUAUCUUCGGUACAGCCUCAUGGACCUGUGGACCGUCUCUGUGAGGCUGAAGUAUACUUUUUGGCUGAAGAGUAGAUUCUCGGGCUACUUCGCCAGAGUGACACUCAGACAUGGGUGAAACUGGUCCAAACAUAAGACUUUCGUUGUUCGCUGACUGAUAAAGUCAGUGAACAACGAUUGUGCACACUAUCCGCUACACGUGUGUUCUUUUUGUUGGAUGUGUUAUGUCUCUGUGCAAAGAACGUCACAGCGUCAGUUCAAUUGGAUGUCAUAUCCCAAGCAGAGAGCACUGUCGGACAUGUAGAUGUUUACAAUCUCCCAUUUGGUUUCAAUUGAUCGUACCAUGUCUACGCGAG